UUAUGACCUCAUAAUGGGUAAAAGAGUUGGAUGAAGAAUCAAAUUGCAAUUCAAUUUCAUUCAAUUUUGAGAUAACCUCCCAAGCUGAAUCAUACAGAUAUGGUGGGAUUUGCGAAGCCGAUAAUAAAAAAGAAAGAAAUUGGUCCAAAAGAGGAGAAGGGGAUUAUUGAAAUAGUGAAGGAUGCUAUAAAAAGAUGUAAGAGCGAUAAAGAUAUGGCUGAAUUUAUUAAACUAGCAUUAGAUGAUAUGUUCAAUGGACCGUGGAACGUUAUAGUUGGUGAUAAAUUUGGAGGAAUGAUUGCACAUAUUCCAAAUCACUUUAUGUAUUUUCAAUUCAAGAAGAAAGAAUUCUUAGUUUAUUGCACGAGAAAUAUGAAGGGAGCAAGAUAACACUGACAGAGGAUUUAUUAUUAUUGUUUUUAGUAAUAUAUCGGUUAAAUAUAUAUAUU